UAGACAUGUUUGCUGACUAAUUUCUACCCUCCUCCAGCCAAUCCAUCCCGUAGAAACCCAAGCUAUCGGACAGCCCCGGGGGCGUUCUUUCAGCUCUUUUUUUCCCCUCCCUCUCUCUUUCUCUCUCCCCCCCUUCCACCCCUCGUCCUUUUUAUCCAAAUGGAGAGUACUUUUUUUCUUCUUCACCUCGUCUUUUAAGCUGGGGGCUCCAGCUUGAUCCUGCCGCACAUACGCCGAGGAAGAGCGCCAGUCAGCAGCCCGCCCCGCGCUGCGGAGCAGAGAGUCUCGCCGGCCCCGCGGCUGGCGGGUAGCGCCCUGGCGCUGAGGCAGUAUGGUGCAUCGCGGCGAGACAGGUCAACAGCACCCAUAACCCGCCGUAUUGCUGCUGUGCCGCUGCCGCUAGCAGCUUCCUGGAGGCAGCAACGGCCGGAAGAAGCGGUUUUAACGGGAGCGGAGGCAAGCGCGGCGGCAGCUGGGGCGGGGGAGGGGAGUCGUGUCUGCCCACCCACUCUCCCUGGGUGCGGGGAGUAGCCGCCAGCACUUUGGGGAUCGCACGCGAUGUGGCAAUGGGAGGUACAGGGUGAGACUCGUCAGGAGCGGCCGCGGUGGCAGCCACCGUCCAAAGCCCCGCGUGAAGUAGCCGCACAGCGACGGUGGUGGCAGCAGCAUCCCGCGGUCUGCAGCGCCUCCAGCUCCCCGCGGGCCCCUCUGGCAGCGGUAGCAACAUGGCCUCAGCCGUUAACGUAUUGGAGCCGGAGACGAGCAGCAGUGACCCCAGCCAGGCGGCGAGUAGCGAUAGCGGGAGGCGGCGGCGAAGGACUGGAGCGAACCAGCGCGCCGCGGCACCCGACCGGGAGUAUCUGCAGCGACCAAGCUACUGUGAUGCAGCUUUCGCCUUGGAGCAGAUAUCAAAGGGGAAAGCUACUGGAAGAAAAGCACCACUGUGGCUGAGAGCAAAGUUUCAGAGACUGUUAUUUAAACUGGGCUGUUACAUUCAAAAAAACUGUGGAAAGUUUUUGGUUGUUGGCCUUCUCAUAUUUGGGGUUUUUGCUGUAGGAUUAAGGGCAGCAAAUCUUGAAACCAAUGUGGAGGAGCUGUGGGUGGAAGAUCUUGGGCUCCAUUCCAUCAGGAUGGGUACUCAGGACAGUAGAAGCAACAGAAUUGAUCAUUGGGCACCGACACCAGCCUGGCUUGGAUCAUUGUUGCACUCUCCUUGCUCCUCACAAAAAUUGUUCUUCAUUGUCGUGCUACUUUACUUCCUGCAACAUACAACUUACACCACAGAUUAUUUUCCCCCAAGGUUUAAUCUCCUUGAGGCACACACUGGGUCUCCCCAUCCUUCUGCCUUACCCACAAGGUACACCCUGGUCCCCGAGCAAAGACAAUCCCAUGGAUGGGUUUGCCUUUCCCCAUGGGAGGAGAAACCGAUACCGACUUCCCCAGCCACUUCCCCAUGUAUAGUACGAAGACGUAUCUCCUCCCGCAGUAUAUAGGGGUUUUCUUUGGGCAUGACUAGGGUGGUUGCCAGUUCCCCUAGUGUUGACUAGCCAAGUGGCUUCAGUUAAAUUUGCCUCCCAGUGCUUCCAUGCCCAAUUGCCUAAGGCUGUUAACAUAGUCUUCAGCAGUCCAUUACACCUCUCAAAUUUUCCAGAGGCUUGUGGGUGAUAGGGGAUGUGAUAUAUCCACUCAGUGCCAUGUUUCUUUGCCCAAGAGUUGAUGAGGUUAUUUCGAAAGUGAGCCCCAUUGUCUGAUUCAAUUCUCUCUGGGGUGCAAUAUCACUGCAGAACGUGCCUCUCAAGGCCUAAGAUGGUGUUUCAAGCAGUGUCCUGGUUUACAGGAUAUGUUUCCAGCCAGCCAGUUGUUGCCUCCACCACGGUGAGAAUGUAGCUCUUGCCUUGGUGUUCGUGGCAGUGGUCCAAUGUAGUCAACUUGAAGGCCUCACCAUAUUGGAAACCCAACCACUGCCCUCUAUUCCAGGGAGAUUUUACUCACAUGGCCCUGCUUGAUUGCCACACGUUUCACAUUCGUGAAUAACCUGUGUGAUGGCCUCCAUGGUCAGUUCCACUCCUUGAUCACAAACCCAUCUGUAUGUCCUAUCUUUUCGUAGAUAUCCUGAUGUUUUAUGGGCCCAUCGGGCUAUAAAUAGCUUACCCUUCUGCCCCCAGUCUAAGUCCACCUGAGCUAUUCCAGUCUUGUCAGCCUUA